AUGCUUUCCUUUCAUUUCUGGAAGUCCCGGGGUCUACCCGCAGAUGCUGCUCCUUCCGUGACCGAUGGCAUUCAGACUCUCAGCUGCCCACAGUGCCAGGCAAACAACUGGACAGGCCGGCUUAGCAGCCGGAGGCUGGCCACAGUCUCAGCCAGAGCAGCAGCCCCCCAGCCCCAGACCACCUGUGCUGCCCUGCCCGCACGCCGGCCCGGCUGCCUCAGGCUUGCCAGGGCCCCGCCACAGGGGCUGAGCCACAAGCGGCGGCUGGUGGUGGCUGCAGUGGCCUCAGUGCCGGCGUCUUUGGGGCCAAUCCAGGCACGUGGGACCCUGUUCCAGGCCACUCUGAGGCCCAUCCAGGAGCCGAGAGGGACCCAGGACAGCCCCAGGGCUCACCGUUGCCUUUUGCUGUCGCUGACGAUGGAAGCUGCCACUCCCGAAUCGGAUCCACAGGCUGGACCAGUGGACGUAGGGGACAACAGCGUGAGCAGUGCCCAAGACGGCCAGCAGCAGCAGCAGCUGCUGCUGCCUGUGCUUCCCAAGCCGCCGACCUCCUCGCAGCGAGAGACGAAGUAUGUGGAGAUGUGUGCCUCAGCAGCCCCGAGGGACAGUCCCCACACUGUGACACUUACCCUGGAGCCCUGUCCUGGAGACCAGUGGGCCCCUAAGAGCCCUAAGGAGACGGUCCAAGAAGAACCCAUCAGCCGCGCGCAGAGCCAGAUGCCAGCUCCCGGGAAGACUCCUGCUGCGUCCGCACCCACCAGCACCCGGUUAUCUCGCACCGCCACCGUGGAGGAAGACAGUUUCUCCUCCUCUGGACCCUCCUCCCCCGUGGACACCGCUCAGGAAGACAGCCUUUCCCAAACCGUAGAGUCUGCCGCAUCCCUGGGGGCUCCGGCCACCUCCUCUUCGUCCUUAGGCUUUGAGAGCGAGGACAAUGAGAUCCAGCCUUUGUUGGAGGAAGGGGCAAGACCAGCGAAAGGAGAGGCCGGCAAGGGAGGGGCGGACCACGACCCAGAGUGCAGGGACAUCAUUGCCAAGGCCCAAGGCAGCGGCAGGGACGCCCCCAAAAGUGAAGAGGCUCACUACAUCACCACCCACGAGAUCCAGCUGAGCGAGGUGGAGCAGGACAUGGAUUUCGACGUGGGUCUGGCCUCGCGCUGGGAUUUUGAAGACAACAACGUCAUCUACUCGUUCGUGGACUACGCUUCGUUUGGUGGCAGUGACGAGACCCCAGGGGACGUCACCACCCCCACCGAAGAGGACGACGACAACAGCUGCUACCUCAGUACCACUCCCAGCACCAAUGCCACCCGUACACCCAGCCCCACCAGCAGCGACCUGGCCCGCCCUAGCGCCGGCAGCAGCAGUCGCGCCACCAGCAGCACGGAAGUGGGCAGCGGCCCCUCUGAUGGUGACCCUACUCCCCCACCCACUGGCCCUGGCACCAUCACCCUGCCUGAGUCCUUGCCGGGGCCCUGCGAGGCAGCUUCAGGGGCAGUAGCUUUAGCCACUGCUGCCGCCGCAAGCAGCUGUGGGAGUACAGCAAGCCAGAUCCUCCUAUCAAUCAAACAGACUUCCCGGGCUAUAAAUGAGCCUAGCAACGUGCGUGCAAAGCAAAACAUUAUUUACGCUGCCAAGCAUGAAGGCGACAUGAGCCUCAGCGUCUCUACAGCUGCUGAACACAAUUCAAGUUCCCUGAAGCAAAAUCCGGCUGCCGCCGUGGCUCAGGACCAUGCAAAGAAAUUCAUUGCCGUACCGGCUCGCCUGCAAACCAGGUGCGGGGCCAUCCGGGCGAAGGAGCUGGUGGACUACUCCAGCGGGGCCUCCAGCGCCGUGAGCGAGCUGGACGAUGCCGACAAAGAGGUGCGUAGCCUGACCUCCCGGGCCUUCCGCAGUCUUGCCUACCCCUACUUCGAGGCUCUCAACAUCAGCUCCCGGGAGUCCUCUGCCACGCUCUCUGAAGUGGGCUUUGGGCGCUGGUCCACCUUCUUAGAUCUAAAAUGUGGAGGUGUUGGCGCCAGGGUGGAACAGAGUCUGCUGCGGAGCAGCGCAGCCUCGGUGGCUGCAGGGCUGAGGAAGGGAGCUGGAGGUGGUGGCGCCAGGACCAAUGCAGACCAGCUCUACAUCCAGUCCAAGAAGUCCCAGACCAAGGCCUUGGAGUUUGUGGUCAGCAAGGUCGAAGGGGAGAUCAAACAUGUGGAGACGCCCCUGUGUUUCCAGAAGCAGGUGCAGACUGGCUCCCGAGUCGUCACCCUGCUGGAGCCCCUGAGCCUACGCAGUGAGAGCAAAGCCAGCUCAGCUGCUGGGCCCUCCAAGGCCCCCAAAGGCUCAGCCGGCACGGCUCCUGGUUCAGUGUACACGGACGACGGCUCCGAGACCUCAGAGAGCAGCAAGCCUGUCCCCCGGGCCGAGGGUGCCCAGAAGAAGUCCAAGUUUGCGUCCAGUCUACUCAAAAAUGUCAUUUCCAAGAAGAUGCAGCGGGAACACGAGUUCAAGAUGGAGAGGGGAGAGGUCACUGACACCUCCCACCACCAUCACCACCUGGCCGGCACCUGCAAGGACACUGAGGGGCCUCCUGGCACCGAGAAGCCGCGGGACAGGAGCCUGCAGAGGCAGAGUUCCCGCCACUCCGAGGCCGGCUCUGAGUGCACCGUGGUCAGUGUUUCUGAUGCAGGUGCUGAGGGUUCAGUGGCCGGCUCCAAAUCCCCGGUCUUCAAAGCCAGCACUCCUCGGGAGAGCACCGCGGCCUCCGGCCGUAAUUUCAACGACACACAUACAGAGGAAGUGUGCGAAAUUAAAAAGAGUGCCUCUGAGACAGUCAAGGGCAUCUUUCUGCGCAGCCAGAACAGCGCCUUCCGGUCGUGGAAGGAGAAGGAGAUGGAGAAGCGUGAAGAGAAAGCCCCCAUCGGAAAGCUGAAGCUUCCCAAGGGGGGAGACUGGAGGGCUGACCUCGGGGAGAUCUCGGCUAGCAAGUCCACCAUCAUGUCCCGACUCUUCGUCCCCAACAUUCAGCAGAUGCCUAAGGACAAGCUGCCCGGGAAGCAGGCCACUAAGUAUCCUGCAGCCCAGGCCACCUCCACCGCAGUCAUCAGGCCCAAGGCUCCGGAAAUCAAGAUCCGGCUGGGGAGUGUGCAGCAGCCGAGCUCCGACUUCAACAUUGCCAAGCUGCUCACGCCCAAGCUGGCCGGGGGCAGCACCUCCAACCUCUUUAAGACCAAGGAGGACAGCAACAGCAGGGCACAGCAGAAACUCUUCCGUGGGGACAACCUUGAAAAGGUGCCCCAGUUCCAGGUCAGAGACGUCCGAGACAAGUCCAAGGCCCAAGGACCCCUUCAUCAGGUGAGGGAUGUCAGAAAGCUCAUUAAAGGGUCGGGGGACAGCAGCGACAAAGGCAGCGUAACCCCAGAGCAGGGGCUGACCGGGUCCAAGCCCAGGCAGUUGGCUGCUGCCGCCGCUGCGUCUGGGUCCCUGUCUCCCAUGGUCAUUACUUGCCAGGCCCUGGUGAACCAGCGGGAAGACAGCACGGACCGAGAGUCCAGGGAGGGCGUGGGCAAAGGGGGCAGCAGCAGGGUCUUGGAUUCCUCUUCCUCUCCAGAAGGGACAGUCUUGGUUCACAGGGCAUCUGGCAGGCUGCCUGUGGCCACCAUCGCGCCCAACAAGCCCGAGCAGGGCUCCUACCUGCCUGUGCUCAAGAUUGUCUCCAAGGCUUCUGCCCAGAAGACACCCGAGAAACCCAAGGAUGAGGAGGUCAAGGAGGAAGGCAAAGGCGCCCCACCAGCCCGGAACGCCCUGGAGAAGCUGACUGCCGCCGUGAGGUCCAUGGAAGAGCUGUACAGCUUCAACAGGAAUGAGUGGAAGCGCAAAAGCGACCCUCUGCCCAUGCUGACCGACAGCCACGUGCUAUCGUUGAUAGCCAGCGAGGAGAGGGAGAGCGGCCUGGGUGCUGAAGGGGACCCUGACAAGCUAGCCAAACGGCUCGUGGAGGUGGAAGAACGCGGCGCGGGUGCCAAAGGCGCCGUGGUGAUGCGCGGAGCGCCCCUUGAACGCCUGCAGCGCCGAAAUUCCAACCCCAGCGCUGACAGCGUGUCUGCCCGCGCCGCCGCCUUUGAGAGCCUGGCCGCUGGACGCGAGAGGCCGCGGUCUCUCUACAUCCCACCCGUCCACAAGGAUGUGGAGAGAAGCCACCCUAUGCAGGCUCUCCCGCCGCAUCCCAGUAACCGCAACGUGCUCACCGUGAGUGCGGGCAAUGCCCAGAAAACCGGGGGUGUGGCCGGCAAGUUUCCACUAGGGCCUUCUCCAGAGAGCCCCUCCACAGCCAAGGGCGUCAGAUCACAGGGACUCCGGUCACUCAAGAUCUCUCCGGCCACGCGGGCACCUCCGGACGAGGUGACCAACAGGAAAGGUGGCAUGGGAGUGGAGAAGAGCAGUAGUGAUGGUGAGAACUACCUGACUCAGCCACUGAAGGCAGGUCCACCAGCUGCCGCUGUGGCCACCGCUGCCUCUGGGGGACUUCCUGGCAGGCCUGGGGCUGCUGGCAGCGAGGCGCCAUCCACCUCCUCAGCUGCCACUCUCUGCAGCUUACCUCCACUCAGCGCCCGCAGUCAGGUCCCCAGCAGCCCCAAAGGCUCUCAGGUCAGUGGAACCAGCCGGCCUGCUUGGAGAACCAAGCCUGAUAGUUCCCGGGAGACGGUGGCUGCUACUGCUGCUGCCUCCGCUGCUGCUGCUGCUGCUGCUGCUGCUGGGCCACGAAGCCCCGAGCAUCCCCCUACUGCUAUAUACCACCAGCCAUCACUGCCCUUCACCUUGCAGGGAGCCCAGCCUCAAGUCCUCUGCUUCUCCCCACCCGGCAUGCCUGCCCCAACUCCUGCAGGCCCAGCUGCCGUCACCGCAGACCCCUUCCAGCAGCCGCAGCCCCAGCAGACACAGAGGAAGAUGCUCCUGGAUGUGACAACUGGCCAAUACUAUCUGGUGGACACCCCGGUACAACCCAUGACCAGGAGACUGUUCGACCCUGAGACGGGUCAGUAUGUGGACGUGCCCAUGACCUCUCAGCAGCAGGCUGUGGCUCCUGUGUCUCUCCCCGUGCCUCCCCUGGCCUUGAGUCCUGGGGCCUAUGGACCUACCUACAUGAUCUACCCCGGUUUUCUGCCCACUGUGCUUCCCCCCAAUGCCCUGCAGCCCACAGCCAUUGCUCACUCACCAGGGGGCAGUGAGCUGUCCCCCGUGGUGGCAGAAGCCCCUGGCAAAGAGGCAGCUGCUGCUUUCACCGAAGUGCCCUACUUCAUGGCCUCCAGCCAGUCCCCAGCCUCCCCCUCCUCCUCAGCCACAGCAGCCACAUCCCAGCUCGUGGGAGCCAAGGGCUUUGCCCAGCUGCACGGCAAGCCUGUCAUCAGCAUCACGUCACAGCCCCUGGGGCCCAGGAUCAUUGCCCCCCCUUCCUUUGACGGCACUACCAUGAGCUUUGUGGUGGAGCACAGAUGA